AUGGCCCGAUCGUCUCGUCCCAAGACCGACGCCCGUCGCGGAGACUACCAAUCCCUCGAUAACGAGAUCCCACAAGACGAGCAGCAGCUCACUCCUACGUCUACAUCUACGUCUAGCCUUACAAAAGAUUCCGAGAAUGAUAUCCACAAAUCCUCGACCACCUCCGACCGCCUCGCUUCGCGCGGUCAACCCAAUGAUGCGGAUUUACUUUCCAGCGACGACAGCGCCGACGACGACGCGAACGAAGACGAUGUUAGACUCCGACCGUUGAGAAGUCAAAGUCAGAAUGCGGAUGGGAAUCACAAUCUGGAUACGCGUCGUGGUCCUGUGCGCUCAAGCUACAAUCAUCGGGCAAUUAUCGACGAUACACCUUCAGGCAGUUCAUCCACUCUCCUCCCGGAGGAAUACGAGCUUGAGGGCAGCCACAGCAACGGCAAUGAAGAAAUCCCCGUACCGAAAGAACAGCGCGACGUCGGCAAGCGCAUUGAAGGCUUCCUCGAGAGCGAAAGGAGGACUUUACUGGCCGAGUCGUUCCGGACGGACAUUGAGGAUGCGAAUACCGAUUUUGUGUUUAGUGAUGACGAUGAAAUUGAUUAUGAGGCCGAAGAUGAGUAUGGGGCUCCGAUUAAACAGCGCAGAAGGGACGGAGAGGGAGAGGAGCCCCGCUGGAAACGAUAUUGGAGUGCCAUUUUUGGGAAGAGAACUUGGUGGCAUAUUGGGGGGCGCUCUGUUCCAUGGUAUCCGGCUCCUUUGGGCGGUACUAGCUCGAACUGGAGCGAGAGUUAUAGAAAAGCGCACGAUAUGGUUGAGAGGAUGAGUCUUGUUGAGAAGGUUGGCGUUACGACUGGGACCGGAUGGCAGAUGGGCCUUUGUGUUGGAAACACAGUGUGGACUCCGUCGGCUUCCCUCUCUUUAUGCCUACAAGAUGGUCCGCUUGGUCUACGCUUCGCUGAUAACAUCACGGCGUUCCCUGCCGGAAUCACCACAGGCGCGACCUGGAACCGUGAUCUCAUGAGAGCUCGAGGAAAAUCCCUCGGACGCGAAGCUCGCGCGAAAGGAGUCAAUGUUCUUCUUGGCCCCUCGAUGGGUGCCAUGGGAAUGAUGCCAGCUGGAGGUCGAAAUUGGGAGUCCUUCGGAUCAGACCCUGUCUUACAGGCUGUGGCAGCUGCGGAGACUAUUCAAGGCAUUCAGAAAAUUGGCGUGAUGGCCACAGCCAAACAUUUCGUUCUGAACGAGCAAGAACAUUUCCGCCAACCCAACGAAUGGGGCACAGAAUACGCGAUUUCGUCUAACAUCGGCGAUCGUGCCCUUCAUGAAGUCUUUGUAUGGCCAUUUGCUGAGAGCGUGCGCGCAGAUGUCGCGAGUGUUAUGUGUGCCUACCAAAUGGUCAACAAUAGCUAUUCCUGCGAGAAUAGCAAGCUUAUCAAUGGCAUUCUCAAAGAUGAGCUCGGCUUUCAAGGGUUCGUCCAAUCGGACUGGCUAGCACAGCGGUCUGGCGUACAAAGCGCACUGAGUGGUCUCGACAUGAGUAUGCCGGGUGAUGGUCUCGCCUGGGCAAAUGGCGAAGCCCUCUGGGGACGACAAUUGACGGCCGCAGCUUUGAACUCAUCCGUUCCAAUGGAGCGAUUGAAUGAUAUGGUGACGCGAAUUGUUGCGUCAUGGUUCCAUUUCCGCCAAGAUCAAUGGGAAAAACGCGGACCUAACUUUUCCUCUUGGACGAACAAGAAGAUGGGUAAACUGCACCCAGGGAGCCCGGACGAUCAUUCCUCGGAGGAAGUCAACAAAUUCGUGAUUGCGCAGCAGUCCCAGCAUGCUACGAUUGCUCGUGAGAUCGCGGCAGAAGGCACUGUACUUCUGAAGAACCUCAAUAAUACCCUCCCUCUCUUGCGAACCGUCUCCAGCCCGGAUGGGAAAUACCGGGUCGGUAUCUUCGGCGAAGACGCAGGUCCUGGAAAGGGUCCUAACUCCUGCCCCGAUCGCGGCUGCAACCAAGGGACUUUAGCCUCUGGCUGGGGCAGCGGCGCGGUGGAAUUUCCGUACUUGAUUAGCCCGUGGGAAGCUCUCGAGACUGCGUGGUCAAAUGAGACAGUUGACGUUCGUAGCUACCUCACCAACGAUAUUGCCUACCAAGACUUGGCGGAGCAAGAUUUGUGUCUCGUUUUUGCGAACUCUGACGGCGGCGAAGGUUUCAUACGCAGCGACGGCAUCAAUGGCGAUCGCAAUGACCUAUUCCUACAACGCAACGGGGUAAACUUGGUAGAGAGUGUCGCGCAACAAUGCGGAGAUGGCCGAGGCCGAACAAUCGUCGUGGUACAUUCCGUCGGCCCUGUUGUGCUAGACCCCUGGAUCGACCUCCCAGGUGUUCAUGCGGUGCUCUACGCAAACCUUCCUGGCCAGGAGAGCGGGAACGCCUUGGUCGAUGUGUUAUUUGGUGACGUCGAUGCUAGUGGACGCUUGCCCUACACCAUCGGUCGGUCUCUUGAGGACUAUGGCCCUGCCGCGCAGGUCGUAUACAAGGCCGACAACCAGGUUCCACAGGUCGAUCUUGACGAUGGUCUAUACAUAGAUUAUCGCCAUUUUGAUCGACACAACAUCACACCACGCUAUGAGUUCGGCUACGGAUUGUCGUACACUACUUUCGACUUCUCCGAGCUCCGUAUCAAGGCCUCGCAGGAAAAGUCCCGGCUUCCACGCCCGCGUCAGAAGAGCGAUAUCGACCCCCCUGCCUACGAUAGCAGCCCCGGUUCAGCGAAUGACAAUCUGCUCCCCAGUAACUUCACUCGUUUGGCCAAAUACAUCUAUCCCUAUCUCCUGAACACGGACGGCACCGAGCCAGGAAAAUACCCCUAUCCAGAGGGGUACGACGAGAAGCAAGAGCCAUCCGAAGCCGGGGGUGGCCUGGGCGGAAACCCAUCAUUGUGGGAGGGCAUGCUGGAGGUUUCGGUGAAGGUCACCAACACCGGAACCAGAGUAGGCAAAGAGGUCAUCCAGAUUUAUGUCUCCUUUCCAGAUGGCGUUGUCGAGCACCGCGGGGUUUCCUUGAGCAGGGAAGAGGUCGACUUUCCCGUUCGCGUGCUUCGGAAUUUCGAGAAGAUUUCUCUCGAGCCCGGGGAGUCUAAGACAGUUGAGAUGACGUUGUCCCGCAAGGAUCUCAGCUAUUGGAGUGUUCGGGCGCAGAACUGGGUAUUGCCGACAGAGGGCGAGUUCAAGAUCUGGGCUGGUCGCAGUUCUCGGGACUUGCCGUUGGUGGCUGAGUUCUAG